AGUCGUGUACUCUUGUUAGCUUGCCAUGGCGACCAUCGGCGUCGUCCUCCUGCUCCUCCUACUCACACCCACACCCUUUCUGGUGGCCGCCAAUUUCUGCGACAACGUCAAGGCAGCCGCCGCCGCCCUCUCCAAGAACGUCUCCUCCUCCCCGGUAAACUUCGCCACCGCCACCUUUGGCCAGCCCCCCGACAUCGUCUACGCGCUCGCGCUCUGCCGCGCCGGUGACGUCGUCGACGGCUCCGCCUGUGGUGACUGCAUCGCUAACUGGUUCGCUACAGUAAACCAGACGGAGUGCCACAAAUUCCGCUCCAGCUACGGCGACUGUAUUGUCGUCUACAGCGACGGCGACGACAUCCUAGGGCCGCCCUCAAAUGCCACGGGAGGAUCCGGUGAGAACAUGGAGCCCUUCGAGCAGUGGAACAUCACGAACGUCACCACCGGCGACGUUCCGCUCAUCGUCGGCCUCACCCGCAAGUUGCUGGUCGAGACAGCAGAGAAGGCGGCCAGCACCACGCCGAGCCGGUACGCCACUGGCGUCAUAGACAUGGACAGAGUGACGACCUACCCGAAGGUGUACUCCCAGGCGCAGUGCACGCCGGACGUGUCCGCCGAUGACUGCUUGGCGUGCCUCCGCCGUCUCCUCGGGAUGGUCAACUCCAGCAUGUCCCUGCGCACGGGUGGACAGAUGGGUAUCACGCGGUGCUAUUUCAGGUACGAGGCUUAUCGGUUCUACGGCGCCCAACCCAUGCUGACUGUGCCAUUGCCGCCACCGGCGCUGGCGACCAAAAACAGGAGCAUGUUGUGGGCAAUUCUCGCAGUUGUAGUUCCUCUUUCGGCAGCAGCAUUUCUAUUAUUCAUCUGUUACUCUCGUCGGCUCAGAAGCCAAAGAAAAGGUAUGCUAACUAUCUGCCAGAACGAUGAACAUCAUAUUCUUUGCAAUUACAAUUAG